AGCAACUGAUACCCAUGCUGGUGGAAAUACAAUGUAGCAGUGGGUAGGCACCAGGGGCGGACUGACCAUUUGGAAACUCAGGCACUGCCCGAGGGCCCGGGGUCAGUAGGGGGCCCCAUGAGAUGCCCCUGGUACCUUUUUCAUAGGCUUUUUGAGUUUGGGCAAGGACACAGGGGCCCAAUGAUCCUCUAUUGCCCGGGGGGCCCCAUGAGUUGUCAGUCCGCCCCUGCACCUUUCAACUUCGUGCAGCAUGCGUGGUCAGUGGAACUGGUUUCUCACUAACUUGAAAGUCCUUUUCAGUCCUAAGAGACAUUGGUCA